AUGGAGGUGAAACCUAUUAAUAGCAGACUUGUGAAGAUAAGGCUGAAAGGAAAAAAGAUUAACAUAACUAUCAUCCAGUGCUACAAUGACAGUGACGAUGAAGCUAAAGACGAAUUUUAUGACCAACUACAAGCCGAGUUGAACAACACACCAGGGCAUGACAUGAAGAUAGUGAUGGGAGACAUGAAUGCAAAAGUUGGGAACGACGACACAGGCUACGACAGGGCAAUGGGAAGACAGGGAUGUGGAGUCAUAAAUGAGAAUGUAGAAAAACUUCUUGAAUUCUGCUCUACCUAUGACCUUGUUAUAGGCGGGACUCUCUUCCCACAUAAAGACAUCCACAAGCUCACAUGGAACUCUCACAACGGACGAGAUAAGAACCAAAUUUACCACCUGAUGAUUAAUGGCACAUGA